CGCGGGUACAUAUAGAAGCGAUGCCUGCUUCAUCAGUUAUACCAGGGGAUGCAACGUGUCAUCAUGGCAUCCAUUGUCCGACCAUUCCUCCAAGUUUUGUUGGUGGUUGCCAUGGUGGUUGAAGUAGCACACUGCGCAUGCUCUACAGAUGCUGAAUGCAACAAUGGCGGCAGCUGUCCUAAUAACACAAACCCAUGCGUGUGCGUUAACGGAUAUAGUGGAGACACGUGUGAUACAGCGCCACUGUGCUCUGCUGAUGGAGGUGAAUGCAAGAACAGCGCAUCUUGCAAAACUGACGUCGUUCCCUACAAAUGCAUAUGCGUGAAUGGUUUCGGGGGAGUACACUGCGGUGUGGUUCCCAAGUGUACCCCCGAGCCAAACGACUGCAAGAACGGAGGGUCUUGUGACGUUACAAAAGCACCCCACCAAUGUUCAUGCAUGAGUGGUUUCAGUGGAACUAAGUGCGAAACAGCCCCGACAUGCGCUAUCAAUGGAACCGAUUGCCAGAACGGAGGGUCAUGCAAGGCAGACAGCGAGCCCACGUUUUGCGAAUGCGCCCGUGGCUUUGGUGGUGGCUACUGCGAACUGGCACCAAUGUGCACUGUCGAUGGAAAUGAAUGCAAACACGGAGGGUCCUGUGUCACAAGCGAGACUCCAUUCAACUGCUCAUGCAUCAACGGGUACCAUGGGAAGCAGUGUGAGAUGGCACCGGUGUGCACUACUGAUGGAAAUGAGUGCCAAAACGGAGGGUCAUGUAACACAACACAUUCUCCCUCUAGCUGCGCAUGCGUCAACGGUUACCAUGGGCAGCACUGUGAGAUCGCUCCUAAGUGCACAGUGGGCGGAACUGAAUGUGAAAACGGCGGCCAAUGCGAUACAGGAAGUGCUAUAUUCGGCUGCACAUGCGUGAAUGGCUACCACGGACACACGUGUGAAAUGGCUCCCGUGUGUACUUCCGGCGGAAGUGAAUGCGAGAACAGCGGAACAUGUAAUACAACGGGCGCCAUGUACAUCUGCUCAUGCGUGAACGGUUACCAUGGAGCCACAUGUGAACAUGCUCCGGUUUGUACUAUUGACGGAAGUGAAUGCCAAAAUGAUGGGACAUGCGACACGUCAAACUCGACUCACUACUUUUGUGAAUGCGUCAGUGGUUACAAUGGAGGUCUAUGCGAAACAGCCCCUGCAUGCACACCUAACGGAAGGGAAUGCCAGAACGGAGGGUCGUGUAAAGACUAUGUGUGCAACUGUGUCGGUGGUUAUGGUGGCGACACGUGUGGGACGGAGCCCGUGUGCACCACUGGAGGAAAGCAGUGUCAGAACGGAGGCACGUGCAUCACGAGCACCGUGCCGUACUGGUGCACGUGCGUGAAGGGCUACACGGGCAAUCUGUGCGAAAAUGGGGCUAAAGGUCUGACAGUCGUGAUGUGGACUAUGGUGGCGUCUCUAGCUGCAAGCAUCUAUCUCUUGUAAUAAACAUCUUCAUGUGAGAUCGUUGUCUGAAGUGCUAUUCCUGUGUGUUGGGUUGAUGGAUACAGAAACGUCGAUGAAAAAUGUUUUAUAAUGGAUUUUCCUUCUUCACAUUUGUACUCUUUUCCCUUGUUUGUUGUACUUGUUAAUAUAUCAAAUUAUGUAUAGAAACAAGAUUGAAGCAUACAACAAAGACAUCUUAACUUAUUUCCGAAUACAUAGAGGAUAUUUCAUGUUUGGAGUGAAAAAUGUUUCUCUCAUUGAGUGACGGGGAAAAGGAGAUAUUUGCACGAGUAAGUAUAUCUCAUAUCCCACGUCACGAGAUCAGAGAAACAUGGUAUUCUCGACACAAAUGUAAUAUCCUAUUUAUUAUAUACUUUACGUUGUCUACUGGAAUAUCUUUUCAUUACAAGUGUAAAAGCAUGAAACGUAAGUUCUCCCUGCCUAAUACACAGUGACGUUUCGCCACCCCUUGUAAUUGCAAGUUAAAAAGUAGUCCCGAAAAUCUUACAAAAUAUAAACAAAAGUAAUAAAACAUAGGUCACUGAAUGUUUUUAUCAUACAUUUGGAUAUGAUCAUAUACAAAAUCAGCUUCAACAAAAAAUAUUCUUGAAAGCUACGAUACCACUGUUGGUAGCGAAGGAAUACACGAUGUUCAGGUAAUGAAAAUAGCGCUUGGGGAAACAGUCUCGAUGGUUUAAAUGAGAAACUAACAGUGUAAAGCAAAACAUUUUCAAGAGAAUAACAAGUAGAUAGUAACUCCUCAAAUGACUAUCCGUCAUUAUUUUGCCUUGUAAAUGAUGAACUUAGCAGAAAGUCAGCAGUUUGUGUACGGGCCAGACAUUUACGAUAAAGGGAGACAAUUUGUGGGGAGGUAACUCUUGUAUGACAAUAGUUCCGUCAAAGUGUUAUGUUCACUACAAUGGAAAUAUCAAUUUUCUCAACCUCAGAAAACUUUCACACUGAAGUAUAUAAUAAUAAUGCUUGAUAAACAACAAUUGAACUGUUUAACUUUGAUGAAGAUGCACAAUGAUAAAUACAUCUGAUAUAUGUCUAACACUUGGUUACAAAUGAUGACGCGAGAUCUCUCUGAGAGCUUCGCUGAUAACAACUUGUGUCCAUUAAAAUCACCUUUGAUAUAACAUGAAUCUCUUGCCGGUGUCACAAUAUGUAUGCAAUCUUCAUAUAAUAAAUAGCGUUACAAACCCGCCCCCUUAAACAGGCAUCCGUAAAUACAGAGGCAUCAUUGAGUUUAAAACAGCAUUACACAUAAUUAAUAUUAAUGAAUAGCUAUUUUCAAGGAACCACAACACAAGUAUUUAAUUGAGAUGCUAAAAUGUGUGAAUUCAAACGAGGCGAGUACUGAUCCAGGGCGUCAGGCAAUGAAGACUUAUUUUUUAACGCAAAUUGUGUGAAUGGUGGCUGCAGGUGGGGCAGGACAAGCCUAUUUUUUUUUUUUCAUUGACAAUUAUUUUUAUAGAGGGCGGGUUUACACCGGGACACCGGUAGCUGGUAAUAUAGUGUCUGUUCUUUCUUUGUUGUGUGCUUCACGUGUUCUAACCUUGAUGACGUGUCGAAUAACUGUCGACCUUCAGUCGUUCCACUGAAAUAAAGGUACAGUUCACAAUC